AUGCCGGGCAUAAACUCCACCACUGCCCCUCACUAUGAGUCAGGCUGGGAGAUGGAGUACGACCGCUACCAACAUUACUUCUACGACGACCACGAUCUGGAUGAGGAUUUCUUUAAAUCCACUGCGCCCAGUGAGGACAUAUGGAAGAAAUUCGAGCUAGUACCGACCCCGCCCAUGUCCCCUAUCCGGACUUUGGAGGGGGCAGCCGUUGUCGGGAUGGUCUACCCUUCGCUGGGGGACAAACUCGAGUGGGUGUCCCAGUUUUUGGGUCAAGAGGACGACCAGGAUGUGCCGUGUAAACUCAGUCCCGCCGACGAGACUUUGGGGAACCUGAGCUCCAUUAUCAUCCAGGACUGCAUGUGGAGCAGCUUCUCGGCGGGCAAGCAGCUGGAGAAAGUUGUCGGGGAGCAACUCGCCUCCUGUCCCGGGUCGGGGCCGAACAAACCGGCCUUGCAGCAGGUGGGAGCUGGCAUCAACACCACCGGGAGGGCGCAGUGUGUGACGAUGUCCGUGGACGCGCCGGUUCCGGUUCUCAGUAGCUUGGCGACGGAUUGCGUGGACCCGGCUGCUGUUCUCACCUUCCCGCUAACCGGGGGACCGUUUAAGAAACCGGCGGUGUCCUCCGGUUCGGAGUCCCACACAGACUCAUCAGGUAAGUUAUAAGUUCAACGUUAGACUGUAAACUGACUACAUUAAGGUCCUUUUACUGUCAUUCAUAAGUCUGGAUCCUCGCAAACCUUACAUUUGGAUGCUGCCAAUUUGCUAUAGUGACCUUACUGGCCAGUUAGCUAUAGGUGGCAACAACCUGGUCUCAGAGCAUUUCGUAUUAUUCUGUACAUAAAUCCGAGACACUCCAUUUUUAGUAUGAUAUUUUACGUUUUCAUAUGAUAUGUAUUCAUUUGUGGAUGGCCAUCACCCAUUUUGUAUAAUAUGUUACGAAUGACAAUUUGUAUUAUAUGUUACGAAUUUGAAAAACAUACAAUAUCUUACAAAUGUGCAAAACUUACAAUAUCUUACAGAUUUGCAAAUAUUAUGAUAUGUUACAAAUUCUAGUUAGGUGGCUAAAGUUAUCUAGCUGGCUAAUGUUAGCUAGGCUAGGGGUUAUGGUUUAGUUUAGGAGUUAGGUUAAAGGGUUAGCGGAAGGGUUAGCUAACCUGGGGCGGCAGGUAGCUUAGUGGUUAAGAGCGUUGUGCCAGUAACCGAAAGGUCGCUGGUUCUAAUCCCCGAGCUGACUAGGUGAAAAAUCUGUCGACGUGCCCUUGAGCAAGGCACUUAACCCUAAUUGCUCCUGUAAGUCGCUCUGGAUAAGAGUGUCUGCUAAAUGACUAAAAUGUAAAUGUAAACGUAUACUAAGUAGUUGCUAAAAUGCUAAAGCUGUCUGUGAUGAGAUCCGAACUCACAGCAUUUGGGUUGCUAGACUUUUAUUUUUGUCUCAUGUAACCAUACCAAAUGUACACUGAACAAAAAUAUAAAAGCAACAUGGAAUAAUUUCAAAGAUUUUACUGAGUUCAUAUAAGGAAAUCAGUCAAUUGAAAAAUUCAUUAGGUCCUAAUCUAUGGAUUUCACAUGACUGGGCAGUGGCGUAGACAUGGGUGGGCCUGGGAGGGCAUAGGCCCACCCACUUGGCAGCCAGGCCAACCCACUGGGGAGCCAGACCCCAGCCAAUCAGAAUCAGUUUUUUCCCCACAAAAGGGCUUUAUUACGGACAGAAAUACUCCUCAGUUUCAUCAGCUGUCCGGGUGGCUGGUCUGAGACGAUUCCGCAGGUGAAGAAGCCAGAUGUGGAGGUCCUGGGCUGGAUACCCCACGUCUGAGAGAGCAACCAGCCAUUUGAAACCACACCCACCAAAUGGUUGAGAGCGCAACCAGCCAUUUGAAACAUCUGCCGCCUCAUUUAUAACAGUUGUUGUAAAACUGUGUGCAUGUGAAAGAGCUUUAAAACUCAGCCUGGAAAACUACUCCGUUCACUUUUUAUGGUGACAAUAACGCCCUUUAUUUGCUGUAUCACGUGGAACGAUUGGCAAAAGAUGAAUUGUUGUUCAAUAUUUAGUUUAUUAAUAGAUUAUUGGGUAUAUAUGUCCUGCCUUUGUAUAGACCUAGGCUCUGAGAUUAAAUAGUCGAGGAUGUCGUGCUCCUAUCACAGCAAUACUGUAGCCUACGACAUACUGUCAAAUAUUUUACAUAAACUACCGGUCUAUUUACUGUGUUUUAAUCUUUAGCAGUAAUUUAUGCUAAUUUGUGCUUUAUUUAUAUAUUUAAUAUAUUUAUCUGAAAAAGAAAACGAUGGCAUAUUGUUGUGGAUCUGUCAGCAGAACGUCAUGGAUCUGUCAGCAGAACAUUUUAAUUCAACAAUGUUUUGCAUCCACUUUUCCCCCAACCUAAAUAUGAUUGAUUGCCCGCGAAUUCUGUAGGGAAGGCCAAAUGUUGUAUUUUAUUUUUUACAGUACUUAUAAUAGUUACAGUUCUAUUUCUCUUUUAUCUAUUUAGUUAUAAAUGUUGUAUAGCCUACUACUGGUACUCAUUGCUGCGUUGUUGGGAAAGAACAAGCAAGAAAGGCAGUUCACUGUAGGUCUACUUGUGACAUUAAAAACGUAACUGUGAGGAAUAUAUUCUGCAAAUGGUUAUUAAAAUAAAUAGGAUAAAGAUUCCUAUGUCAAAUUAUUUGAUUCUAAAAAUUUUUUUUUAAAGCAAGAUUGGUUGGAUUCGUGUUAAUCUGUUUUCCAUCUUAACCCCCAUUUGCACAAAAUACUUACUUGCCAGCUUGUAAUACAAUAUUUAAACCACUAGCAGAUGUGCAUACACAUGGUCUAAAGUGAACUGCCGAACUGUUCAUUUUGGGGUAUAUUUUGUAAGUAGCACAGUUUUAUGAAUGAGGCCUCUGUUGAUUGGCUAUGGUCCAAAAGACCAGAGAUGCGUUCAGUUCGCUUGAACGUUUGCUAAGUUGCGGAACGGUUUGUACUGAACGACACGUUUCCCCAAAACGUUCUUGUACAUUCUUGAACAGACUUUGAGGUACGUUUGCGCCCAUUUGGUGGGUGUGGCUUGAAGCAAUGAGUGAGGUAUUUAAAGGGCAGUGGCCAUGGUGACAGCGUUCCCUAACCCCCAACCCCUCCCUGUGUUUCAGCUGGUCGUUCAGUACAGUACGUUUUCUGUUCAAUUGAAUGUUCCAGAGCGUAAAAACGUACUGAACGCAGCCCAGCUGCUAGAAAGAACAAUGUCCUGAGCUACUCUGACUUCUUCUCUAGUAUUUGUAUUUAUUAUGGAUCCCCGCAGCAGCUACUCUUCCUGCGGUCCAGCAAAAUUAAGGCAGUUAUACAUUUUAAAAACAUUACAAUACAUUCAUAACAGAUUUCACAACAUAUUAAGUGUGUGCCCUCAGGCCUCUACUCUACUACCACAUAUCUAUAACACAAAAUCCAUGUGUACAUUGUGUGUAUAGUGCGUAUGUUGCGUCACAGUCCCCGCUGUUCCAUAAGGUGUAUUUUUAUCUGUUUUUUAAAAUCUAAUUUUACUGCUGGCAUGAGUUACUUGAUGUGGAAUAGAGUUCCAUGUAGUCAUGGCUCUAUGUAGUACUGUGCGCUUCCCGUAGUCUGUUCUUGACUUGGGGACUAUAAAGAGACCUCUGGUGGCAUGUCUUCUGGGGUACACAUGGGUGUCCGAGCUGUGUGCCAGUAGUUCAAACAGACAGCUCGGUGCAUUCAACAUGUCAAUACCUCUCACAAAUACAAGUAGUGAUGAAGUCUAAUCUCUCCUCCACUUUGAGCCAGGAGAGAUUCACAUGCAUAUUAUUAAUGUUAGCUCUCUGUGUACAUCCAAGGGCCAGCCGUGCUGCCCUGUUCUGAGCCAACUGCAAUUUUCCUAAGUCCCUCUUUGUGGCACCUGACCACACGACUGAACAGUAGUCCAGGUGAGACCAAACUAGGGCCUGUAGGACCUGCCUUGUUGAUAGUGUUGUUAAGAAGGCAGAGCAGUGCUUAAUUAUGGACAGACUUCUCCCCAUCUUAGCUACUGUUGUAUCAAUAUGUUUUGACCAAGUCCGUUUACAAUGCAGGGUUACUCCAAGCAAUUUAGUCUCCUCAAUUUGCUAAAUUUCCACAUUAUUCAUUACAAGAAUUAUUUGUCCCAAAUACAAUGCUUUUAGUUUUUGAAAUAUUUAGGACUAACUUAUUCCUUGCCAAGUGGCCAGUGGCAUGUCGUUAGUAAAGAUUUUAAAAAGUAAGGGGCCUAGACAGCUGCCCUGGGGAAUUCCUGAUUAUACCUGGAUUUUGUUGGAGAGACUUCCAUUAAAGAACACCCUCUGUGUUCUGUUAGACAGGUAACUCUUUAUCCACAAUAUAGUAAUACGUUUUUCCAGCAACAGACAUUGGUCGAUAAUGUCAAAAGCCGCACUGAAGUCUUACAAAACAGCCCCCACAAUCUUUUUAUCAUCAAUUUCUCUCAGCCAAUCAUCAGUCAUUUGUGUCAGUGCUGUGCUUGUUGAUUGUCCUUCCCUAUAAGUGUGCUGGAAGUCUGUUGUCAAUUCGUUUACUGUAAAAUAGCAUUUUAUCUGGUCAAACACCAUUUUUUCCAAACGUUUACUAAGGGUUGGUAACAGGCUGAUUGGUCGGCUGUUUGAGCCAGUAAAAGGGGGCUUUACUAUAACUUAUGAUAUCACUGUUCCCUUUAAUGUUCUUACCAUUCCUUAUCCUCAACUACACAUUAGAAACACAUUAGUUUGAUUUUUUAUGUACAGUAUCUAUGAUAACCUGAAUAACCUGUAAUAAAUAUGCCCUCUAUAUUCUGUUCAUUUUGUAGACCUCCUUUCCAUUGGCCUUCAGUGUAGGCUAGUUAUAUACUGGUUGGCAUGUGACUGGUCUCCAUAUCUAAUGUGUGUGGAAUGUCACAAUGGAGACCUGUUGCAGUGCAGAGUCUCAGCAUUCCUUCCUGCACUGAACUCAAGGGGCAACUGCGCCACUUGUCAGAAGUGACCAGAAGAAGAAUGGACAUUCAUCUUGUUAAAUCUCUUGCUAUGUGUGUGACAAUGUUUCAUAAGAGGCUUGAUAUUCAUAUUUUUAAAGCUGCAAUAUGUAACUUUUCGGGUGACCCGACCAAAUUCACAUAAAUGUGUGUUUUAUAGAUCUGUAAUUGAAAGGAUGUCUAAGAAGCGGUAGAUCCGUACUAUGUACGUUAUUUCUAUGCGUCCCAUUCUUACGUUUUAGUGUUUGUGUCUUUUAACGUUUGGUUUUGUGCACCGGCUUUAGAACAGCUGAAAAUAUAAUUUUUUGGGUUGUGGAAAAGAUCAUUCACAGCAGUUUAAAUGGUACAAUGAUUGUCUACACCGGGGCUGCCCAACCCUCUUCCCGGAGAUCUACCGUCCUGUGGGUUUUCAGUCCAACCCUAAUUUAACACACCUGAUUCUACUUAUUAGCUGCUCAACAAGACCUUAACUAGCUGAAUCAGAUAUGCUAAAUUAGGGUUGGACUGAAAACCUUUCUCCAGGAAGAGGGUUGGGCAGCCCUGCACUACACUAUACCUGCUUGUUUUGUCACAAACUGAAAUUAGGCUAACUAUUACAAUUUUAGCAACCAGAAAAUGGCGGAGUGAUUUCUGCAUAGUGCAUCUUCAAGUCAGAAAGGUGGUCUCAUCUAUUUCAAUACUGUAUGAAUGGGGUUGGGUGCGAGCAAGCUAGGCCCCUCCUCUCUUUGGCAAAUACCCAUUUUUGAAAUCAUUUAAAAAAAAUCAUAUCCUGGUAAUUACCACUCCAAGAGCAGCUAAUCCACAGGGAAGGAAUUACUUUGGCACAGUCUUUCAAUUUACACGCAGUUUGCGUCCCAAUUGGCCCACUUAUUCUCUAUAUAGUGCACUACAUUAGACCACAGCCCUAUGGGCCCUGAUCAAAAGUAGUGCACUAUAUAGGGACUAGGGUGCCAUUUGGGAUGGAAGCUAGUAGUACUACUACCGCUGGCUCCCUGGAGUCUAGUCAGUGAGUUGGAGCUGAAAUUAGAUGCAUAUGAUGUUAAAUGAAGGCCCAGUGUUAAACAUCACAUUUUGACACAAAGCUAAGAUAUUCUUGUAUAGUGAAUGGCUGUAGUGAAAUGGUUACAGCGCGUGGCUUCAAUGGCCGGUCUUGUUGCAAAUUGAAUGAUUUGUGGAGGGAGAGACUGGGAUAAAACCAGCGAUUUUGCUCUGAGACUGAGUCCCUUGUUAUGAAUCAGAAUGUGAGAACACUAGCCCCAUCUCUCUCUCUCUGUCUCUCUCUCUCUUGGUCUCUGUCUCUCUGUCUGUCUCUCUGUCUCUGUCUCUCUCACAUGACUGAAAUGAAUAACCUGAGAGCGGGACUUUCCACUGAGCAUGGAGGUGUGCACUGAUUGUGUGUCAUACUCAUUUUGGCUCAUGAUGUCAUACUGAUUUCAGCUCAUGAUGUCAUACUCAUUUUGGCUUUUCAUCUAGUAGAAUUCGCUGUACACUAUUGAGGAAGAGAAUAGUUUUUCGAGACCCACGUGUGUUUGACAACAGCUGAUAAUCAGAUAUGGUGACGCGUUGUACCAAAAAUGAACACAAUUGACACAAUUGCGCAUUAGAUGACGCCUUCUCAUCAUGGAUGAGUAUAUGGGGGUUGAUUUGAUUAGAUUUUACUAAACAGUAUAUUCAAAAUAGUAUGUAGUACGAUUACUACCCAGUAUGUAGUACCCAGUGUGUAGUACGAUUACUACCCAGUAUGAUUUAGUACCCAGUAUGUAGUACGAUUACUACCCAGUAUGUAGUACCCAGUGUGUAGUACGAUUACUACCCAGGAUUUACAUUUACAUUUAAGUCAUUUAGCAGACGCUCUUUUCCAGAGCGACUUACAGUUAGCACAUACAUUAUUUUAUCAAACCCACAACCCUGGCGUUGCAAACGCCAUGCUCUACCAACUGAGCUACAUGUAGUACGAUUACUACCCAGUAUGAUUUAGUACCCAGUAUGUAGUACAAUUACUACCCAGUAUGUACUACCCAGUGUGUAGUACGAUUACUACCCAGUAUGUAGUACGAUUACUACCCAGUAUGUAGUAUGAAGUGUGUAGUACGAUUACUACCCAGUAUGUAGUACGGUUACUACCCAGUAUGUAGUACGAUUACUACCCAGUAUGAUUUAGUACCCAGUAUGUAGUACUUAGUGUGUAGUACGAUUACUACCCAGUAUGUAGUACGGUUACUACCCAGUAUGUAGUACGAUUACUACCCAGUAUGUAGUACGAUUACUACCCAAUAUGUAGUACGAUUACUACCCAGUAUGUAGUACCCAGUAUGUAGUACGAUUACUACCCAGUAUGUAGUACCCAGUGUGUAGUACGAUUACUACCCAGUAUGAUUUAGUACCCAGUAUGUAGUACUUAGUGUGUAGUACGAUUACUACCCAGUAUGUAGUACGGUUACUACCCAGUAUGUAGUACGAUUACUACCCAGUAUGUAGUACGAUUACUACCCAGUAUGUAGUACCCAGUAUGUAGUACGAUUACUACCCAAUAUGUAGUACGAUUACUACCCAAUAUGUAGUACGAUUACUACCCAGUAUGUAGUACCCAGUAUGUAGUACGAUUACUACCCAGUAUGUAGUACGAUUACUACCCAAUAUGUAGUACGAUUACUACCCAGUAUGUAGUACCCAGUAUGUAGUACGAUUACUACCCAGUAUGUAGUACCCAGUGUGUAGUACGAUUACUACCCAGUAUGAAGUAUGUAGUACGAUUACUACCCAGUAUGUAGUACCCAGAAUGUAGUACCCAGAAUGUAGUAUGAUUAGUACCCAGUAUGUAGUAUGAUUAGUACCCAGUAUGUAGUACGAUUAGUACCCAGUAUGUAGUACCCAGUACAGUUGAAGUCGGAGGUUUAGAUACACUUAGGUUGGAGUCAUUAAAACUUGUUUUUCAACCACUCCACAAAUUUCUUGUUAACAAACUAUAGUUUUGGCAAGUUGGUUAGGACAUCUACUUUGUGCAUGACACAAGUAAUUUUUCCAACAAUUGUUUACAGACAGAUUAUUUCACUUAUAAUUCACUGUAUCACAAUUCCAGUGGGUCAGACGUUUACAUACACGAAGUUGACUGUGCCUUUAAACAGCUUGGAAAAUUCCAGAAAAUGAUGUCAUGACUUUAGAAGCUUCUGAUAGGUUAAUUGACAUCAUUUGAGUCAAUUGGAGGUGUACCUGUGGAUGUAUUUCAAGGCCUACCUUCAAACUCAGUGCCUCUUUGCUUGACAUCAUGGGAAAAUGAAAAUAAAUCAGCCAAGACCUCAGAAAAAGAAUUGUAGACCUCCACAAGUCUGGUUCAUCCUUGGGAGCAAUUUUCAAACGUCUGAAGGUACCACGUUCAUCUGUACAAACAAUAGUACGCAAGCAUAAACCCCAUGGGACCACGCAGCCGUCAUACCGCUCAGGAAGGAGACGCGUUCUGUCUCCUAGAGAUGAACGUACUUUGGUGCGAAAAGAGCAAAUCAAUCCCAGAACAACAGCAAAGGACCUUGUGAAGAUACCUUGUGGAGGAAACAGGUACAAAAGUAUCUCUAUCCACAGUAAAGCGAGUCCUAUAUCGACAUAACCUGAAAUGCUGCUCAGCAAGGAAGAAGCCACUGCUCCAAAACCGCCAUAAAAAAGCCAGACUACGGUUUGCAAAUGCACAUGGGGACAAAGAUCGUACUUUUUGGAGAAAUGUCCUCUGGUCUGAUGAAACAAAAAUAGAACUGUUUGGCCAUAAUGACCAUCGUUAUGUUUGGAGGAAAAAGGGGGUGCUUGCAAGCCAAAGAACACCAUCCCAAUCGUGAAGCACGGGGGUGGCAGCAUCAUGCUGUGGGGGUGCUUUGCUGCAGGAAGGACUGGUGCAAUUCACAAAAUAGAUGGCAUCAUGAGGAAGGAAAAUUGUGUGGAUAUAUUGAAGCAACAUCUCAAGACAUCAGUCAGGAAGUUAAAGCUUGGUCGCAAAUGGGUCUUCAAAAUGGACAAUGACCCCAAGCAUACUUCCAAAGUUGUGGCAAAAUUGCUUAAGGACAACAAAGUCAAGGUAUUGGAGUGGCCAUCACAAAGCCCUGACCUCAAUCCAAUAGAAAAUGUGUGGGCAGAACUGAAAAAGCGUGUGCGAGCAAGGAGGCAUACAAACCUGACUCAGUUACACCAGCUCUGUCAGGAGGAAUGGGCCAAAAUUCACCCAACUUAUUGUGCGAAGCUUGUGGAAGGCUACCCGAAAUGUUUGAACCAAGUUAAACUAUUUUAAAGGCAAUGCUACCGAAUACUAAUUGAGUGUAUGUAAACUUCUGACCCACUGGGAAUGUGAUGAAAGAAAUAAAAGCUGAAAUAAAUCUCUCUCUACUAUUAUUCUGACAUUUCACAUUCUUAAAAUAAAGUGGUGAUCCUAACUGACCUAAGACAGGGAAUUUUUACUAGGAUUAAAUGUCAGGAAUUGUGAAAAACUGAGUUUAAAUGUAUUUGGCUGAGGUGUAUGGAAACUUCUGACUUGAACUAACUGUAUGUAGUACCCAGUAUCUCGUACGAGUAGUACCCAGUAUGUAGUACGAUUAGUACCCAGUAUGUAGUACCCAGUAUCUAGUACGAGUAGUACCCAGUAUGUAGUACCCAGUAUGUAGUACCCAGUAUGUAGUACGAUUAGUACCCAGUAUGUAGUACGAUUAGUACCCAGUAUGUAGUACCCAGUAUGUCGUUUUAGUAGUAGGCAAAACUUUCAGACACAGAUUUCAGACCGUGGGGUAGAAAGAUAUCCUUUAUAGUAAAAGCUUUGAAUGAAUCUGUCAUCGUGUUUGCAGGUCCAAGAAAAAUGUGCCUUUUUAUAAACAUUUCAUGCAUUUCUACGUCAUUUUACAUGUUAGCAGAAUCUUUUUUUAAUUAAUACCACACAAAUUACCGAAAUGACGGGCUAAGAAUGGACAGAGAGAUAGGCCUAUGUGUUCAUCUUAUCAUAUUUCUCCAAUGCCAAAUCAGUGAGUCUUGUUUGCCAGUAACUACAUCUGAGAAGUCAUUAGGAAUCCGAGCGUGGUACUUUCCAAAGUCAGGCUUACCUUUCCACCCCAGACAGAGUAGGCCUACCGACGCAGAAAGAUUUAACUGCUGGCUACUCUUCUUCCAUGGCUUAACCCAACGAGAGAAGGUCACAAGUGUUUCCCUAAAAGCUGUCUGGGUUUAAACACUCUUCUAUUGUCCAGAAGGUGAAUAGCUUAAUCAAUUGAUAGUGACAGAAUUAGAUUACUUCCCAAGCAAAGUCAAUGUUUUUGUCUCCUCGGCUAUAGAAGGUUGUAGCUCCGCCUCCGAAUGUCAAAGAAACUAAACAAUGAUAUCCCCAAAUGCAUCCGAGUCACAUCUUUCCCUGGUAUUUUACAGCUUGUUUCUAGCAUAAAGCAUCGCGGACCAAAGCGCUGUUAUAGAUCACUUUACAAUAUAUUAUCAGAUCCCUUUUUAUUUUCUUCAAAAUCUUAAGCUAUCAAGGGGUAGGCCUGUGCUUUUUGCCACCGUAGGCCUACACAGCACAUCCAUUGGUUAGACAGCACAGCACAUCCAUUGGUUAGACACACAGCACAUCCAUUGGUUAGACAACACAGCACAUCCAUUGGUUAGACAGCACAGCACAUCCAUUGGUUAGACAGCACAGCCAUUGGUUAGACAACACAGCACAUCCAUUGGUUAGACAGCACAGCCAUUGGUUAGACACACAGCACAUCCAUUGGUUAGACAGCACAGCACAGCCAUUGGUUAGACAGCACAGCCAUUGGUUAGACAGCACAGCACAGCCAUUGGUUAGACAGCACAUCCAUUGGUUAGACAGCACAGCACAGCCAUUGGUUAGACAGACAGCACAGCCAUUGGUUAGACAGCACAGCACAGCCAUUGGUUAGACAGCACAGCACAGCCAUUGGUUAGACAGCACAGCACAGCCCUUGGUUAGACAGCACAGCAAACAGCCAUUGGUUAGACGCACAGCACAGCCAUUGGUUAGACAGCACCUCCAUUGGUUAGACAGCACAGCACAGUCCAUUGGUUAUACAGCACAGCCAUUGGUUAAGCCAGCACAGCCAUUGGUUAGACGCACAGCCCUUGGUUAAUCCACGUCCUAUUGGGUUAGACAGCACAGCACAGCCAUUGGUUAAGCAGCACACAAAGUUUAUUUGAUCAGCAAGAGCUAAAGCAGGCCGGGGCUCAGGGUUGGAAUAUCCACUGCAGUGUGUAAUGCAGCCGGGGCUCAGGUGGGAUAAUCCACUGCAGUGUGGUAAUGCAGCCGGGGCUCAGGGUGGGAAUAUCCACUGCAGUGUGUAAUGCAGACCGGGGCUGCAGGGUGGGAAUAUCCAACUUGCAGUGUGUAAUGCAGCCGGGGCUCAGGGUGGGAAUAUCCACUGCAGUGUGUAAUGCAGCCGGGGCUCAGGGUGGGAAUAUCCACUGCAGUGUGUAAUGCAGCCGGGGCUCAGGGUGGGAAUAUCCACUGCAGUGUGUAAUGCAGCCGGGGCUCAGGGUGGGAAUAUCCACUGCAGUGUGUAAUGCAGCCGGGGCUCAGGGUGGGAAUAUCCACUGCAGUGUGUAAUGCAGCCGGGGCUCAGGGUGGGAAUAUCCACUGCAGUGUGUAAUGCAGCCGGGGCUCAGGGUGGGAAUAUCCACUGCAGUGUGUAAUGCAGCCGGGGCUCAGGGUGGGAAUAUCCACUGCAGUGUGUAAUGCAGCCGGGGCUCAGGGUGGGAAUAUCCACUGCAGUGUGUAAUGCAGCCGGGGCUCAGGGUGGGAAUAUCCACUGCAGUGUGUAAUGCAGCCGGGGCUCAGGGUGGGAAUAUCCACUGCAGUGUGUAAUGCAGCCGGGGCUCAGGGUGGGAAUAUCCACUGCAGUGUGUAAUGCAGCCGGGGCUCAGGGUGGGAAUAUCCACUGCAGUGUGUAAUGCAGCCGGGGCUCAGGGUGGGAAUAUCCACUGCAGUGUGUAAUGCAGCCGGGGCUCAGGGUGGGAAUAUCCACUGCAGUGUGUAAUGCAGCCGGGGCUCAGGGUGGGAAUAUCCACUGCAGUGUGUAAUGCAGCCGGGGCUCAGGGUGGGAAUAUCCACUGCAGUGUGUAAUGCAGCCGGGGCUCAGGGUGGGAAUAUCCACUGCAGUGUGUAAUGCAGCCGGGGCUCAGGGUGGGAAUAUCCACUGCAGUGUGUAAUGCAGCCGGGGCUCAGGGUGGGAAUAUCCACUGCAGUGUGUAAUGCAGCCGGGGCUCAGGGUGGGAAUAUCCACUGCAGUGUGUAAUGCAGCCGGGGCUCAGGGUGGGAAUAUCCACUGCAGUGUGUAAUGCAGCCGGGGCUCAGGGUGGGAAUAUCCACUGCAGUGUGUAAUGCAGCCGGGGCUCAGGGUGGGAAUAUCCACUGCAGUGUGUAAUGCAGCCGGGGCUCAGGGUGGGAAUAUCCACUGCAGUGUGUAAUGCAGCCGGGGCUCAGGGUGGGAAUAUCCACUGCAGUGUGUAAUGCAGCCGGGGCUCAGGGUGGGAAUAUCCACUGCAGUGUGUAAUGCAGCCGGGGCUCAGGGUGGGAAUAUCCACUGCAGUGUGUAAUGCAGCCGGGGCUCAGGGUGGGAAUAUCCACUGCAGUGUGUAAUGCAGCCGGGGCUCAGGGUGGGAAUAUCCACUGCAGUGUGUAAUGCAGCCGGGGCUCAGGGUGGGAAUAUCCACUGCAGUGUGUAAUGCAGCCGGGGCUCAGGGUGGGAAUAUCCACUGCAGUGUGUAAUGCAGCCGGGGCUCAGGGUGGGAAUAUCCACUGCAGUGUGUAAUGCAGCCGGGGCUCAGGGUGGGAAUAUCCACUGCAGUGUGUAAUGCAGCCGGGGCUCAGGGUGGGAAUAUCCACUGCAGUGUGUAAUGCAGCCGGGGCUCAGGGUGGGAAUAUCCACUGCAGUGUGUAAUGCAGCCGGGGCUCAGGGUGGGAAUAUCCACUGCAGUGUGUAAUGCAGCCGGGGCUCAGGGUGGGAAUAUCCACUGCAGUGUGUAAUGCAGCCGGGGCUCAGGGUGGGAAUAUCCACUGCAGUGUGUAAUGCAGCCGGGGCUCAGGGUGGGAAUAUCCACUGCAGUGUGUAAUGCAGCCGGGGCUCAGGGUGGGAAUAUCCACUGCAGUGUGUAAUGCAGCCGGGGCUCAGGGUGGGAAUAUCCACUGCAGUGUGUAAUGCAGCCGGGGCUCAGGGUGGGAAUAUCCACUGCAGUGUGUAAUGCAGCCGGGGCUCAGGGUGGGAAUAUCCACUGCAGUGUGUAAUGCAGCCGGGGCUCAGGGUGGGAAUAUCCACUGCAGUGUGUAAUGCAGCCGGGGCUCAGGGUGGGAAUAUCCACUGCAGUGUGUAAUGCAGCCGGGGCUCAGGGUGGGAAUAUCCACUGCAGUGUGUAAUGCAGCCGGGGCUCAGGGUGGGAAUAUCCACUGCAGUGUGUAAUGCAGCCGGGGCUCAGGGUGGGAAUAUCCACUGCAGUGUGUAAUGCAGCCGGGGCUCAGGGUGGGAAUAUCCACUGCAGUGUGUAAUGCAGCCGGGGCUCAGGGUGGGAAUAUCCACUGCAGUGUGUAAUGCAGCCGGGGCUCAGGGUGGGAAUAUCCACUGCAGUGUGUAAUGCAGCCGGGGCUCAGGGUGGGAAUAUCCACUGCAGUGUGUAAUGCAGCCGGGGCUCAGGGUGGGAAUAUCCACUGCAGUGUGUAAUGCAGCCGGGGCUCAGGGUGGGAAUAUCCACUGCAGUGUGUAAUGCAGCCGGGGCUCAGGGUGGGAAUAUCCACUGCAGUGUGUAAUGCAGCCGGGGCUCAGGGUGGGAAUAUCCACUGCAGUGUGUAAUGCAGCCGGGGCUCAGGGUGGGAAUAUCCACUGCAGUGUGUAAUGCAGCCGGGGCUCAGGGUGGGAAUAUCCACUGCAGUGUGUAAUGCAGCCGGGGCUCAGGGUGGGAAUAUCCACUGCAGUGUGUAAUGCAGCCGGGGCUCAGGGUGGGAAUAUCCACUGCAGUGUGUAAUGCAGCCGGGGCUCAGGGUGGGAAUAUCCACUGCAGUGUGUAAUGCAGCCGGGGCUCAGGGUGGGAAUAUCCACUGCAGUGUGUAAUGCAGCCGGGGCUCAGGGUGGGAAUAUCCACUGCAGUGUGUAAUGCAGCCGGGGCUCAGGGUGGGAAUAUCCACUGCAGUGUGUAAUGCAGCCGGGGCUCAGGGUGGGAAUAUCCACUGCAGUGUGUAAUGCAGCCGGGGCUCAGGGUGGGAAUAUCCACUGCAGUGUGUAAUGCAGCCGGGGCUCAGGGUGGGAAUAUCCACUGCAGUGUGUAAUGCAGCCGGGGCUCAGGGUGGGAAUAUCCACUGCAGUGUGUAAUGCAGCCGGGGCUCAGGGUGGGAAUAUCCACUGCAGUGUGUAAUGCAGCCGGGGCUCAGGGUGGGAAUAUCCACUGCAGUGUGUAAUGCAGCCGGGGCUCAGGGUGGGAAUAUCCACUGCAGUGUGUAAUGCAGCCGGGGCUCAGGGUGGGAAUAUCCACUGCAGUGUGUAAUGCAGCCGGGGCUCAGGGUGGGAAUAUCCACUGCAGUGUGUAAUGCAGCCGGGGCUCAGGGUGGGAAUAUCCACUGCAGUGUGUAAUGCAGCCGGGGCUCAGGGUGGGAAUAUCCACUGCAGUGUGUAAUGCAGCCGGGGCUCAGGGUGGGAAUAUCCACUGCAGUGUGUAAUGCAGCCGGGGCUCAGGGUGGGAAUAUCCACUGCAGUGUGUAAUGCAGCCGGGGCUCAGGGUGGGAAUAUCCACUGCAGUGUGUAAUGCAGCCGGGGCUCAGGGUGGGAAUAUCCACUGCAGUGUGUAAUGCAGCCGGGGCUCAGGGUGGGAAUAUCCACUGCAGUGUGUAAUGCAGCCGGGGCUCAGGGUGGGAAUAUCCACUGCAGUGUGUAAUGCAGCCGGGGCUCAGGGUGGGAAUAUCCACAGCAGUGUGUAAUGCAGCCGGGGCUCAGGGUGGGAAUAUCCACUGCAGCUAUCCUAGAAAUAGAACUUUGCUCUGUGCUUCUCCCAGCAUGCACUUCGUAGCCUAUAGCAUAUAGGCUAUGGGUCAUUUGAUUGAGACCACACUACAUAGCCUAUACUUGAUAUUGCGCGCCCAGCGGAGCAUCAGAGAUGAGGGGCGGCAUCAGGCACACAUCCAUAUAUAGACUAAUAAGCUACUCAUUCUAAAACACUGAAAUAUUUCAUCAAUUACACAUUACAUGACCCUCCCCUGGACUAGAUUAAAAAAAUUAAAAAUAAACCCUCCCAAGUUAAUUUUAUACUAUUUUUAAAUGUUUUUUUGUGAACGUGUUAUUGUGAAUAUAAAAGGGUAAAUUAAAAGUGAUUUCUAAAGGAUCAAGUGAAUACACAUCAUGCACAUAACCUUCUCCUCUAUUGCUCUUCCAGAUGAUGAAUCUAGUGACGAUGACGAUGAUGAUGAUGACGAUGAUGAGGAUGAUGAUGAGGAGAUUGAUGUGGUGACGGUGGAACGCAACCAGUACAAGCCCCGGCGGCUGACCAACGGCAGGCCCGGCGGGCUGAACGGGCGGACGCCGGUGACCAUCAUGGUUCGAGCGGACCCUCUGGACCCGUGUAUGAAACGCUUCCACAUCUCUAUCCACCAACAGCAGCAUAACUACGCAGCACCCUCCCCAGACACACACACCAACACACACACACAUCCCGAGCCCCCCAGGAAGAGGGUCCGACACGAGCACCCAAACUCUUCUCAUAACAUCUCAAACUCAUCUUACCCCCAGCCACACCCGGGCCCCGCCUCAACCAAUCAGAACCCUGAGAGCAAACCACCUCACGUCGCAGUAGUAACGGCCGGUUCGGAGUCACCUGACGCCAACACACUCUCCCCUGCCUCCUCCCCCUUGGCCUCUCCCCCAUCCUCCUCCUCCCACCACCUCUCCUCCUACUCCCACUGCUCCCACACCUGCAGCCCCCAGUCCUCCGACUGCGAGGACACGGACAAACGCAAGACGCACAACUUCCUGGAACGUAAACGGCGCAACGACCUGCGCUCUCGUUUCCUGGCGCUGCGGGACAAGAUCCCUGGCUUGGCAGAGUGCCCCAAGACGCCCAAGGUGGCCAUCCUGACGCACGCCACGGAAUACCUGGCACAGCUGCAUUCCAGCGAGCGCCAGCGGGCACAGGAGAAACGGCAGCUGAAGGCCAGGCAGCAGCAGCUACUCCGCAGGCUGGCACAGCUCAAACAAUGCCCCUGAACUGACUGGCAGCGACCUCUAGUCGACAGAAACCAGGACUGA